AUGAUAGAAAUCUUUAUUACCACAACCAAUAGUGCUAUCCAACAACAAGGUAACUUCAUCCAACAGAUGCAAGCCCAUAGUAAGCUCAUGGAAAGCCAAAUAAGCCAACUUUCACAACAGGUGAGUCGCCUAUCAACUCUUCAAGAUCAAGCAAAGGUUCAAAAAGAACAAUGCAAUGCUGUUUUCUUGAGAAGAGAUGAAGCCUUUCCAAGGCAAAUUGUUGAGAAGGUGUGUAGUGAGGAGUCUAGAAAAGACGAAAAGGGCAAAGAUGUUCAAAGCUCCAAAUAUGUGGCUCCACCGGCUUAUGAGGAACCGAUGCCUUUCCCGCAACGGUUGUCAAAAGUCGUGCUCGAUAGACAUUUUGGCAAAUAUUGUGAAGCCCUCAAGAAGAAUAUCAAAGAUCAACAUGAGGAUAAGGAAGUAGCACAUAAGAAGGGCCCUACUCUCUUAUACGAUAACCUACCACCUAAGCUGCAUGAUCCCGGUAGUUUCACUAUUCCCUGCACGAUAAACGAGAAAUUUUUCGAUAGGGUUCUAUGCGAUUUAGGUGCUAGUGUUAACUUAAUGCCCUAUUCAUUAUAUGAGAGUUUAGGCUUGCAAGGACUUAGGCCUUCCCCUAUUUCUCUUCAAUUGGCUGAUAGGACCUCUAGACUCCCUGAGGGUGUGGUUGAAGAUGUAUUAGUUAAGGUUGGUGAACUUGUUUUUCCUGUUGAUUUUGUUGUUACGGACAUGAAAGAAGACCAUAAGAUCCCGAUUAUAUUUGGUCGUCCAUUCCUUGCCACAAGUCAAGCUUUAAUAGAUGUUCCUAAAGGACAAGUAAUCAUUAGGGCCCAGGAUAAACAAGUCAUGUUCAAGCUCUUUGAUGAACAUAAUUCUAUAUUUGAUGGUGGUACUUGCUUAAGAAUCGAUGCUACUAACCCUUUGUUUGAUAAGUAUGUAUUUGAUAGAAAUUUCGUGAGAAGCAAGGACAAAAUUCCACCCGAUGAUGUGCUUGGCCACAUGAAGGUGAGUUCGGAUAUAAGGCAGGUAAACAAUAAAAUGAAGGAGUCACUUGGAGGCAAUCAUUCCCUUGGGCAACAUUGCGGAGUUCCCCCUUCGUGUGGUGAUCCCGGUUGA